AUGCCUUGGCUGCCACUCGAUGGUGCAGCAGCUGUCGCCCGCUGGUGUCGUGAUGUGCGGGUGAAGGGCUCCCGUUGGGAGAGUUGGUGCAGCGAAUAUGUGACGAGUCAGGCAACGGCGGCCGAGCGCUCUGUGUUCGUGGGGCGCUGGAAGAAUGAGGGGUUUCUCGCUGCGAGGUUGCACGUCGACGAAGCUUGGUCCCGGCUGCGUGGUUCGCUGCCGUCAGCCGAAGAAUGCUGGCCACUUUUGGAAGGAGCGAUGGCUGCUGGAGAGAGCUCGGGGUCGAGACGGGCAGCAGGUGACGUUGUUGGCGGCCAAGCAAGGCAGAUGCAGUCCAGGUAUCGAUGUACGGAGUAUGGAAAUGCAGUUAGGCCACACGUGCAGGCGGUGAGCUCCACGAGAAAAGGCGGCGGGUCGAGCGUGUUUCAGACGGCUCCAGGUGUCGGAGGGGCUCCCAGCGGCAGCGGCAGCGGGCUUGUCGGCAAGCGGUAG